AUGAUGAGACAGGUCCAAGACGACAGUGGGAGUGGGAGCGGCGGGAGACCCAGUCAGGUACAUACUCCUCUCCGCAGGGAAAAGAAGCGAGUAGGCUUCCACUCCAGCAAAGAAUCCUCCGGAGAAAGCAGCGACUCGACAACACAAAAACAACAACGACAACAGCGUCAAGAUGAAGGUGUUUUCUCACCAGCUGGCUCACCGAAACUCGCUCCUGGAGAAUUACCGCCAAAUGCACCAGAUGCUUACGAAUUGAGUCUUGCUCUCACAAAGAUCUUAUCCGCCGAGCAAGAGAAGAAACGACAAGUUCAGAACCUUGCACCUGAUACACCGGAUGUAGGACCAAAGAGACCGAGACCUGCGCUAAGGAGAAAUACGAGUUAUGAUGAUCCUAACGAGAGGGAGAAGGCGGAUCAGGCGGAGUCUAGAACGACGGAGAGACAGUAUAGGUCUAUGGCUGAUGCUCGACAGAGAGCUGAUCGGUUAGCUGUUUCUGUGGGGAGUUACUCAGCUCCUGGGUCGCGACGAGGAUCGCUUGAUCUCGAGGAAGUUCCUUCGUUUAAGCCGUUGAUUGAGGAUUAUGAUAAUCCAAAGGUGUCACCGCCAGCUGGGUCGAAUACCAUUGAGGACGCAGGAUAUUUCGGUCUUCGACAACGCAUAGCGAACUCGGAUCGUUUCCAACAUCAUGCUGCGGCUGAGAAUCUUGUCAGAUCUCAUACCCGCAAGGGGAAACGAGAUUUAUUCACACAGCAUCCUAACGGAGGACCUACAUCUGGUACAGCUACACCAGUUCUUCAACAAGCAUACGCCCACGACUACGUUCCUCGACCGGAUCAGUACCGCGGCGGUAUUCUCUCCUCACUUCUGAAGUUGUAUCAUGAUGAUAGAACACCAGGUAGUGGUGUGAACACGCCCAAGGAUACGGGUACACCACUGAUGUCGCCUCGUAACUCACCACCUACAUCUCGCCCUGGAUCAUCUAAUGGAACGCCUCCUCUUCGAUCACCGCCUCGAUCACGGCCUACGAGUGGUUUGUUCAACUACCACAAGAGCAGACACUCGACGUCUUCGCUUGCACUUACGGAGUUGAUGAAGUCUUCGUCCAUGUUUGCUGCGCCAGCGUCAGCGAAUAUCUCUGAUAAAUGGGCCGAGAAGAUUAAGCAACAACCACCUCCUCCCAAGAAACGCGACAAGGCUCGGAUCACUAUUCAUAUUGCGGGUAUUAUUCAACGGCAUCGUUAUUUACUCAAGUUGUGUCGGGCACUUAUGAUGUAUGGCGCGCCUACACAUCGAUUGGAAGAGUACAUGACCAUGUCAUCCCGCGUUCUCGAAAUCGAAGCACAGUUUUUGUACCUCCCCGGAUGUAUGAUCAUCAGCUUCGACGAUAGCACUACGCAUACUACUGAAGUCAAGCUCGUUCGUGUACCGCAGGGUAUUGACCUCGGUCGUCUUCGAGACGUACACAACAUUUACAAAGAAGUUGUCCAUGACAAGAUCGGCGUUGAAGAAGCGACAAAACGACUCGACGACGUCAACGCACGAAAGGAUAAAUACAACGUCUGGAUCCGAGUAUUCCUAUACGGUGUUGCAUCAGCUUGCGUUGCGCCUUUCGCUUUCCAGGGGCGAUUCAUCGAUUUACCUAUUGCCUUCUUUCUCGGAUGUAUUGUUGGCAUUCUUCAACUUGUCUUGGCACCCAGCAAUGAACUAUACGCUCACGUCUUUGAGGUUUCGGCCGCUCUUAUCACGUCGUUCUUCGCUCGAGCAUUCGGUUCUAUCCAAAAUGGCAAGCUUUUCUGUUUCAGUGCCUUGGCACAGAGUAGUAUAGCCUUGAUCCUUCCAGGGUACAUGGUCCUUUGCAGUUCUCUCGAACUUCAAAGUCAUAACCUUGUAGCUGGUAGUGUACGCAUGGUGCACGCUCUAAUCUACACUCUCUUCCUUGGAUAUGGUAUCACUAUCGGCGCUUCGCUCUACGGCAUGAUUGAUAGCAACGCAACUAGUCGGUCAACCUGCGACAAUCCUCUUGGAAGGGAAUGGUACUUCCUCUUCGUUCCAGGAUUUACCAUGUGCCUCUGUCUCAUCAACCAAGCAAAGUGGAAGCAAACUCCCGUUAUGGUCGGGAUGGCUUUAGCUGGUUGGUCAGUCAACAGUUACUGCGCUGAGUACUUUGGCGGCAACGGUCAAAUCUCCAAUAUGUUGGGUGCCUUGACGAUUGGUAUUCUUGCAAACCUUUACUCUCGGAUGGGACGGCAUGUCGAGAAUGGAUACCUGGACUUUGUCGACUGGUGGAAGCUCAGGGUUCGACCACGAUAUACCAAGAAGAGAAUCGACUCAGACUCAUGGUCUUUACCAACUCUCAACGACCCCGAAUCUCGACCCGGAACACCAGAGAAGCAGCAAGAACCCGAGAAGAAGCCCCGCAAGGUUGGAUACAGUCUCGCAGCUGCAGCUAUGCUUCCAGCUAUUUUCGUGCAGGUUCCAUCUGGUCUUGCAGCUGGAGGUUCUCUUUUGGCUAGUAUCACUAUGGCUGAUGAGAUUACCAAGAACGGAACAAAGGUUGCAUCUGAUAUGAACACAAUGGGUAAUCUUGAAGGAACUGCGUUCAAUGUGUUGUUCAAGGUUAUUCAAGUUGCCAUUGGUAUCAGUGUUGGUUUGUUCAUGAGUGCACUUAUCGUCUACCCGUUGGGAAAAUUGCUUGGAGUUUAUGUUUUCUUUGUCAUACUGGAAUUGGGAUUGAAGCGACUGGCGCAAAGCAAGCGAUGGAUCCGUUCUUCCCGCAUCUCAGUCUCAAUAGCAAAAGCCAUAAGCCAACGGCACGGCAAGUCAAAAAAAGGCAUCAUAAAAACCAUAAUCGCCUUCUUCCGCCUCUUUCGUCUCCUCCUAACGCGCUACCGCUCCAUCGACUUUCUCGCCCUGCGCAAAGAGGUCUGGCAACUUGAUGAAGAUGAAUAUCACGCUUCUUUCCAGACAGACGGGAACGACGAUGCAGAGCUCAUACCCAUCGGUGAUCUAGGGUACAGUGGUUCUACCUUUUUCACGACAGCGAAUGAGAAGUAUCUCAUUAAAUCGCUACCAAGACGCUUUGAGCAUGAUUUCUUCGUGAAGGAGCUUUUGGAUCCGUAUGUGGGACAUAUGAAGUUUCAACCACAUAGUCUACUUGUGAGAAUUACGGAUUUGGUGGUUUCGUCUCAGGCGAGUAUUGGUGGGAUGAUUGGUGCUGCGCCUACACAUCAUAUUGUCAUGGAGAAUUUGCUCUAUGGAAAACCAAGGGGUGAUGAGGGAAAGAAGUGGGAGACUUACGAUCUCAAGCCAAACGAUUACUUCUUCCCAGAACGAGAUAUCGCUGAUGGUGCUCUUGUGCCGGAUAGCGUUAUCGAGCGUCUCGUCGACGAAUUUCCCGACAAAGUCCGUGUUACACGCCAAGCUAAGCAAGAGCUUAUAUCACUACUCUUCGCAGACUCGGCACUUCUUGCAUCACACAAUGCGGUUGAUUACUCCCUCUUUUUAGUACGAUACCCUCAAGGCAUGGAAGUCCCGGUUGUGGAAUCUGAUGCUGGAAUCUGGCGAAGGGGUGUGGAUGAUGUGGAUGGGAAGUGGACGUAUCGAUGUGUUGUUUUGGACUUUUUCUGGGCGAAGCACACUCUUCAAGCAAGGGCGCUUACGAAGAUUGUGAAGAUUUUUAACAAGGUUGCGCAUAAGGGACCGAUGAGCACCACGGCGGAUCCGGAGGAGUAUAGGGAGAGGUUUAUGAAGAUGGUGGAUGAGAUGGUUGUUGAGGCGUAA